AUGAAGCUCACUGCUCUGAUCUCCCUCUUCGCUGCGGCCAGCUCCGUGUUGGCCGGGACUUACACCAUUCCAGAGGAUCUCCCGGACGGUACCUACCUCUUCACCUUGGACGCUGACGGCAAUCAGAUUACGACCCUACUCAACGCCACCAAUACCGACACUGCUACCGAGCGUGAGCGCGCCUACAACUGGCCUGCCGGGACCUAUACGGCGUGCCCCGGCGGCGACGGGCUCAAGUUUAGCGACUUCUUCGACCACGCCUGGAACAUGUUCUUUAACGAGUGCUAUGAUUCGGAGGUGAAUUUGAGAUAUUAUACCGGUGCUUUGUUCAGCAGUUACGGUACCUCCAAGGCCUACAUGUGCGCUUGGACUCCAAACAUUUGCCGCCCUGCCGAAUGGGCCGCCGCCAUCGACUGGAUGCGCAACACCUGUCCUGGACUUAGCUCCAACGGCUUUAUGGAAACCGCAUUUCUCCAGAUUCCGGCAUGGAACAAGCGUUACGGUUACGCCAGAAAUACCGCCUCAAUCUGCUGA